UUGUUAAUAUUUAGGAAUAUUUAGCACAAAACUUAUGCUUAUUUUAAGAAUCUAUUUUGUUACAAAGCUCUCAGGAGAUCCUGUUUCUUGAAAAUUUUUUUGUCUUUGUUAUCGUUUUUUCUUUAUUAUUGGACAUUGAAAUCUGAAUCAAUUUAUGAGUAAUCGAAUCUUUCGCCUCGUGAUGUUACAGACGAUGGAAGCGGUUUGUCAGAAGCAUGCAGCACGCCGAUCAUUGGAGCAGGAUCACGAGCAGGCUCUAGUCAUACAGUGAUGGACAUGGAUGACAUGGAUCCGGGCCAUCUCACUACUCGCUCGUCUCUGUCGAGUCUUGGAGCACGCUCGGACUCGAUGGCGUCGGUAUACAGCGGUGCGGGCGAGGGACGCUGCUGUCGAUCCGUGGUCGUUACAGGCGAAGUGGAGUUCGCCUUGCAGUACGACUAUAAGAAUCUGACGUUCGAAGUGCACGUGACCAAGUGCAAGAACCUCGCGCCUGUCGACGUGAAGCGCAAACGAUCGGAUCCGUGAGUAAUUCUAUUUAAUUUGCCGAU